AAAGCUCUGCCCCCAAAUCGUCGUUCCUCAACCAAAAAGAAAAAAAAAAGCAGAUCUAUCUAGGUUACUAUGCGUCGCGGCGGCCAUGGUCUCGCGCAGCGCCCCCGCCGCGGCGGCCAAGUCUAUCGGCCUCGCGCCGCGCUCCCGCCGCCCGCCCCCGCGGCCGUCCCCCUGGUCGGGAACCCGCUGCCCGCUCCAGCAGGCAACCGGCAGCAGGCCCCCGUGCCGCCGCUCGCCCCAGGAAGGGCUCCAGCAGCCAACCGACCGCAGGCCCCUGUGCUGCCGCCUGCCGCAGGAGGCAAUCGGCCCCCAGCGCCUACGCCGACCGCCUCCGCCGUCAACCCGCGGCCGCUCGCCCCAACCAGGAACACGCUGUCUGCGGCCGGUGCUCUCGGGGGCAGCUCCCAUGGCGGCAUUCCCCUGCUCCCGCAGGCCCCAGCCAACAGCUCUCUCCCCACCAACAGCCAGCCCCCGCCCAGUGUCGGCGUCUCUGGAGGCCCGUCGCAGGGAGGCGGCAAUCCAUCGCUGCCAGCAGCCCAAUCCUCUGGAAGCAUCAAGAAGAAAAAAGGGAAGUGCAAAAAGUGCUCAGAUCCGGGUCAUGUCAUUGAAGAUUGUCCGAAGUUACCAUGUCUACGUUGCACAGGAACUAGACACACCAGGGGCAACUGCACUACCCCUGCCGGGCCAGUGUGUUUCCGGUGUUGCGACAUUGGUCACUAUUUGAAGGAUUGUGUGAGCCAAGUUUAUGGCAGACGAUGUACGACAUGUGGCGGGGCCGGGCAUGGUGAUCCCAAUAAUCCGAAGCACAAUAUCAAUUGCGCCAGCCCUCCAAUACUUCUUCUGUGUACAUCGUGUAACAACCCUGGACACCGGCCACGUGAUUGUCCUCAAAAGUCAAGCGAGUAUGCCGGGUUUAGAGGUUUAGGACUCUGUCCAAACUGUCGGCAGUCUGGCCAUGUUUAUCGUGACUGUCCUUCCUUGAUCUAAAAUUAUACUGCUUGUACUCCUAGGUGAUGUUUGGUUAGUAAGAUGCUUGUACUCCACCUUUGGACAAUAUACCUUAUAAGACAAUACUUUAGUUUGUUCCAA